AUGAUUAAUGCAGAUUGUCAGUUAGCGGGAAAGGCCGGUGAAGAUAGAGUUCAUAUUGUGAUUUCUGAGGAACAUGGAUGUGUUUUUGUUGGGAUUUAUGAUGGUUUUAGUGGACCUGAUGCCACUGAUUUCUUGUUAAACAAUCUUUAUUCCAAUGUUUACAAGGAGCUUACUGGAUUAUUAUGGUUCGACAAGUCAGAAUCGUGCGAAAACACCCUCGAUAGUCAGUCGUUUAUGUCCAAGAGUUUGGAUAGUAAGGAAAGGGUGGAGUUGGAUAGAAAGUUAAGGGAGAAAUUGAGUCAUUUGGAGGCUGAUGUGGUUCAAGGAAAUACUACUAUUAACCAUUUAGGUGUGUUGAAAGCUCUGUCCGAAGCAUUGAGGAAGACUGAGGCAUCGUAUUUAGAAAUCGCCGAUAUGAUGCUAAUGGAGAAUCCCGAAUUAGCCUUAAUGGGAUCUUGUGUUCUGGUUAUGGUGAUGAAGGAUGAUGAUGUUUACUUGAUGAAUGUUGGGGAUAGUCGAGCAGUUUUAGCGAAAAAGGCUGAGAACGAUGGGAAGAUGAGGAAGGAUUUAGAUGAAAUGCUUUAUGGUGAUGAAUUUGAGAAUAUGCAUAACUUGAGUUCAUGUCAGCUCACAAUGGAUCACAGUACAUCUGUUAGAGAGGAAGUUAGAAGGAUUCGAACUGAGCAUCCAGAUGAUCCCUUGGCGGUAUUCAAUGAAAGAGUGAAAGGUUCAUUGAAGGUCACUCGGGCUUUCGGUGCCGGCUUCCUCAAACAGCCCAAAUGGAACAAUGCUCUCCUGGAGAUGUUCAGAAUCGACUACGUUGGAAAUUCUCCCUAUAUUUCUUGUUCCCCAUCGCUUUGUCACCACACACUCAGCCCGAAUGACAAAUUUUUGAUCUUGUCUUCAGAUGGCCUCUAUCAGUACUUCACAAAUGAAGAGGCUGUUUCUGAGGUAGAAAUGUUCAUGUCUACGUUUCCUGAAGGCGAUCCAGCUCAACAUCUUGUUGAAGAAGUACUUUUUCGAGCUGCAAAGAAAGCUGGUAUGGAUUUUCAUACAUUGCUUGAUAUCCCACAAGGAGACCGUCGAAAGUACCACGAUGAUGUCUCAAUUAUCAUUAUUUCUUUCGAAGGAAGGAUAUGGCGUUCAUCGGUGUAACUAGAAUUAGAAUAACAGAUAAAGGUAGAAAAAAUAGAAAAUAAAAAGUUAUACAGGUAUGUUAAGUAAUUUUUUUGUUUUUUAACUUUUCUUUUGAUACAAAUUAGGUUGCAAAUCUAGAUAGAAACUGUUCUAUGUUAGUAUCAGUUUGUGGGGAUUGUAAAUGUUGAUCACACCUAGUUUUUUCCUCCAUUUUCUUGAAAUAUGAUGAUUUUUUCAAGAUUUUGUAAAUUUUGGUACUGCUUGAGGUUCACAUUUUUCUUCAAGAAGUGCCUUAUACAUAGAAAUGAAUAACACUGUCAAACUGAUAAAAGAGUUCUUUAAUUUUUUUCAGAACAAUCA